AUGUCACUUUUCCUUCCUGUUCCCAGUGCAUGCGCAGAGAAUACACCUACAACCAGACAUCAAUGGUGUGAACACGAUCUCUACACCGACUACACAAAAACAACGCCAGAAACCGGAGUCACGCGAGAGUUCUGGCUCGAUAUAGACCAAGCAACACUAGCACCAGACGGCCGAUCAAGAUGGGGCCUAACCAUCAACGGCUCCCUACCAGGCCCAACCCUCGAAGUCAACUGGGGCGACGAGGUAGUCAUCCACCUCCGCAACAGCCUCCCCAACACCGUCCACAACGGCACAAGUCUACAUAUCCACGGCCUCCGCCAACACUACACGAACCCCAUGGACGGGGUAGUCUCCGUCACGCAGUGCCCCGUUCCACUGGGAUAUACAAUGACCUAUCGAUGGCGCGCAACACAAUACGGUACAACAUGGUACCAUUCGCACAUCGGCUUGCAGACCUGGGAGGGCGUGUACGGAGGUCUGAUCAUCCAUGGGCCGGCCAGCAGCAACUACGAUGAAGAUAAAGGCGUCAUACAGCUCUCCGACUGGGACAUCAGCACAGUCGACCAGCUCUGGCAUGGAGCAGAGACAGUCGGCUCGCCGGUGCUGGACAAUGCCCUCAUCAAUGGCGUCAAUGUCUUUGGGAAUGACAGUGAUCCGAGUCAGACGGGAUACCGUUUCAACACCUCGUUCACGCCGGGAAUGUCGUAUCGGCUCCGCGUGACGAAUGUCGCCUGCGAUACGCACUUCAAGUUUAGCAUUGAUCACCAUAUUCUAACGGUCAUUGCUAUGGAUCUGGUUCCUAUACAGCCGUACAAUACCACAGCCGUGAGUCUGGCGAUUGGACAGCGCUACGAUGUAAUAGUGCACGCAGACCAAGCCUCAACAGCCAAAUCCUUCUGGCUCCGUGCCGUCCCACAACUCUCCUGCUCAUCGAACAGCAACGCAGACAAUAUCCGCGGCAUAAUCUACUACACCCACACCGACAAACCAACCCUCCCAACAACAGAAGCCUACAACCUAACAGACACCUGCGAAGACGAACCCGCCCCAAAGCUAACCCCGAUAAUCUCAACACCCCUCGUCCUCACAGCAGAAGACUUCUUCUACAACGAAACCCUCUCCGCAACCACCGCGCUAACCCCCCACUCCGUCUACCGCUGGUACCUAAACAGCACCUCGAUGCAAGGGAAAUGGGCGCAGCCCACGCUGCGCAAUUUCAGCGCCGAAAGCAGCAUAGCCGAUAAACCGGCUGUGAUAGCAAUUCCACAGGCAGAUACGUGGGUUCUUGUCGUUAUCGAAACGAGUAUGGAUAUUGCACAUCCGAUCCACCUGCACGGACAUGACUUUUUGGUUGUUGCGCAGGGAUAUGGGUCCUGGGAUGGCUCCACGUCUACAUCUAAAUCUUACGCUAAAUCUACAGGCCGGGAUCAGGAUACGAGCACCGGUCUAAAUCUCGACUUCGCGGCCGGCGCACUCCCGAAACGCGAUACGGCGCUGCUGCCCGGGAUGGGGUAUUUGGUUCUUGCGUUCCGGUCGGAUAAUCCGGGCGCGUGGCUGAUGCAUUGUCAUAUUGGGUGGCAUCUUGAUCAGGGGUUUGCGUUGCAGUUUGUUGAACGGGGGGAGGAAAUUGAGGGGCUUUUGGGGGGUCGUGCUGUUGGUGGGGCUGGUGCGGAUUGGAGGGGGUUUGGGGAUGGUCUGGAGAGGAAUUGUCGGGCUUGGGAUUUGUAUCAUCGGGGGAAUAAUGUUUUGGAGGAUGGGGCUGGGAUUUAA